CACGUGACCGUCCGUCCGCCGCCCAAUGGGGGAGCGCGGCGGCGAAUUUCGAAUGCGGUCGCGUUAGCUGGCGGGCGACCCGCUGUCGGAGCCUGCGGCUGGAGGGUCCGAAGCUCGGGAUACACCGGCAGGACGGCCUCGCGGAACUUUGGGAUGCAAGGAGGGCGACAGCUGCGGCACAGGUGGUGACCAAGAAAAUAAUAAAUGAGAUCUACGUAUCUAUAUUUAAUACCUCCAGACACUGUAUAGAGGAAAAUAAGUAAGGCCUGGAGAAAAUACCUGAGAAAAGUUCCUAGGUAGAAGAUGGCCAAGGAAAGGUGCCUUAAAAAGUCCUUUCAAGAUAGUCUUGAAGACAUAAAGAGACGGAUGAAAGAGAAAAGGAAUAAAAAUUUGGCAGAGAUUGGCAAACGAAAGUCUUUUAUAGCUGCGCCAUGCCAAAUAAUCUCCAACACUUCUACACUGCUAAAAAACUACGAAGACAACAACAGAAUGUUAGUUUUAGCUUUGGAAAAUGAAAAGUCUAAAGUGAGAGAAGCCCAAGAUAUCAUCUUGCAACUGAGAAGAGAAUGUUACUAUCUCACGUGUCAGCUGUAUGCAUUGAAACAAAAACUGACUUCACAACAAACAGAAGAAACUUCUCAGAACCGAGAAGUAUGUCCCUCUGGAAUGGACUCCAAUAAUGACAACAACCUUGGGGAUUUAUCUGUGAAGGAUUUACCACAAGUUCCUCUUCAGGAAGCUCACCUUCCAGAACAAGGAGAAUCACUCCAAAUAGAAGAGCAAAUACUUGUUUCUCAACAUAGCCUGGAAUUUGAUUUGGAUUCAGAGGAAGAUAAAUCUACUUACGACAAUGCUUUACCUAGAACGGUAUCUGUCCGUCGAAGUUUAAAGAAACAUUUUAAUAAUCUAUGUCAGUUCAAUGCCUUGGAUGGUUUUGAAAUCAGUCAUUUCUCACAGCAGCCCUCUGAAUCCGAAAGAAUUAGAUGUGAAGACCCACUAGUAAACAUGCACAUAUCUGAAAAUGUGGAACAAAGUGUUUGUCAGUGGAAUAAGGAUCAAAUUAACUUAUCACCAAAGCUGACUGACCCAGGAAGACCUAAUAAAACAAAAGAAAACAUUUUACAACAUAAAUUUGAACAAGCUAAAAAUAAGCAUAGAGGUGCACAAGGAAGAAAAGAGGAGAAAAGAAAAGCUAACAGAAGGAGAAAAUCAAAAUCUGGAUCAAAGUAUAAAGGGAGCAAAAGUGAAAAUAAAAAGACUGUUUCCAAAAAAAAAUUGGAUGAAUCUGUCACUUCCAAUGAUGCUUACAAUUUUAAUUUGGUAGAAGGUAUUCAUCUCACCCCUUUCCGACAAAAAAUGAGCAGUGAUUCUAACAGAGAAGAAAACAAUAAGGAAUUUGAAGUGAGCAUCUGUGAAUCAAGUGAUUCAGGAGAUGAUUCUGAUGACCUUUAUUUGCCCACUUGCAAGUACAGUCAAGAUCUCUCCAGUGAACCAGAUAGCCCAGUUGCCAGGUCUCGACCUAAAAGAGCACAAAAAUAUAGAAAUGAAAAAGAGAUGGAGGAUUCUAAGCUUACACAAACUCCUAUCAGUGCACUCCCUGAAACUCACUGCUCAACUCAUUUUAGCCUGAAGGAUAUCACCAAUGUCCCCUUAUAUCCUGAAGCGAAAAUCAGAAAACUUUCUCUUUCUCCAAAAAUGAAAGAAAGCCCAGCAGUGUCUCUGCCAAAGCGCAGGUGUGCAGUCAGUAUGAAUUAUAAGGAACCCACACUCGCUUCGAAACUGAGAAGAGGAGACCCUUUUACAGAUUUGUGUUUCUUGAAUUCUCCUAUUUUCAAGCAGAGAAAGGAUUCCAGACGCAGUUCUAAAAAAAAAAGUAUGAAGCAAAUACAGUGAAGUGUUUGUUGGAUGCUGUUUAAAUUCAUCCUAUACCAUAUAGCUCCAUCUCUCCAAUAGAGAGUCUCUAAGAUAGUACACAAUAGGGUUGAACCGUUGCCAUGGAAUGUUCUAUGACCAAACUCUAGACCACAAAAAUCUCAAAACAAUACUUCCAAUGUGAUGCUUUUUCUUCAUACCACUAAUACAUUUGGUUUAUUUUUUCUUUUAAAAGAAAAAAUUUUUUCUUUUAAAUAUAAAUAACUGGACUUAAUCCUUAUUUCUUAAACUGCCUAAAACUCUUCAUUUCACUCAAAAUGUAUCUUCUGCAAAAAUUUUAGAAAUGAAAAUCAAAUUAAGAUGUUUUCGUUAUAAGCUUCUGGUGUCUUUAUUUUUGCCUUUAGUGGGAAUUAACUAGAAUGAAUGAUUUUUGAAGACAAGCCAAGGAUCUUUUGAAACUCUUUAUAUAAUAUUUGAAUAAAAUAAAUCCUUGACAUGCAUAGUACUGUAUACCUUAAGUUGUUUGUAGAUCCCUGAUAUCACUGUUGUAUUUAAAAUUACAAAUAAAAUAUGAGAUCAUUAUUAUAGAAUUGAUGGUUGUUUAGGCUCAGUAACUGGGUAAGUGACUAGCUCUGAACAUCAAGCUCUUAUGUGUACAUUGUUCAGUGAUACCUCAGCAAAAUCCCAAAUUGUUAUGUCUUGGACUUUCAGAAUAGUUCCUUAAUUAGUGGCUACCAUAUUGGGAUCAGUGCAGUUGCAGAACAUUUCCAUCACCACAGAAAGCUCUCUAUUGGGUCAUUCCAAAUGUGCUGUUUUUGUACUUUUAGUAUUUCUGUAUUCUUGCUGUAACGUUUACCCAUACACUCUUAAAAAUUGCUUUGCAUUUUAACAUUUUACAUGAAUGUUACACUGUAUAUAUUUAUUUUGCAGCUUUUAAUUCACCACUGUUUUUGAGAUUUAUCCAUGUUGGCAGAUGUAGAUCAUUCUCAUCAUUGUAUAGUAUUAUGUAAAUAAACUAGAUUUAUUCUUUUGAGAGACAAUUUGCUUCCACUUUUUCAUAAUUACAAAUUAGUGCUGUGGUGAAUAUUCUACAUUCUUGCACACACGUGAAUAAGUUUCCAUGGAGUUGGUACCUAGAAGGGGAGUUGCUCCCUAAAGUGGUUGUACCAAUUCACCUGACACUAGAAGUGUAUCACCCUAUCAGCAAUUUAUAAGUUCCGGUUUCCUCACACAUUAUCACUCAGUACUAUCGGACAUUGAAAUUACCUCAAGUAAUGAAUGUGAAAUGGAUUCUCUUUGUUUUACUUGCU